AUGACCCGGAACAACUACUUGACCUAUGUGGCUUCUACGGCCGAUUUUGACUUCGAAAAGAAGGAAUGUGUUAUGCCCCCUAAACCUGAGUUCUCUGCCUCCUGUUGGAUGAGCCAUUUGGACGACAAUCUAAGUCUUAAGGACUUGACCCUACCCGGAACUCGUUGUAGUAGUGCUUCAGCGUCUUGGAUCAACGAUGCAGGAGACAUUGAUGCUGAGCCUGAAAUCGACGACAAAAAACUAAAAACGAAAAUACUCGAUAUGCACAAGUACCACAAAAGUAGUAUUCUCACCCAGUUGAAUAGCGGUAUCCGCCUUCUGGAUCUCCGUUGCGACGCUUCGCGCACACUCCGACAUGGGCCAUUGACUCUUGACAAGCAACUGGACAACGCACUAGAUCAAGUCAAAACAUUUCUGGAGGCCAACAAGUCAGAAACGGUCAUGGUGAUACUCAGCUUUUCGUCUGCAACCGCCGAGUACGACGCCACUAAGCCGUGGUCCGAAGGUUACUCGGUCAAAGUCGACAACGUGCCCGGACACUUCAACAAGGAAGUAAAAAGAGAUAUGCAAAAUGACAAGGUUCUAUACACUGGGACGGAGUGGCCUUGUCUUGGGGAUGUACGCGGUCAGGUUGUCAUCUUUCGUGGAUGGGGCCUAGACUCAGAUGAAGAUCGAUGGGCUUUGGAUUGCCGAUUGCCGAUGUGGGACUCCGCGGAUGGCUCUCCAGCAUUCACCAAGGCCACUGACCUUGCCACGCAGAGAUGGAGCGAAAUUGUGGAAGACUUUAGCAGCCAGAACUCCCUCAAGUCGAUCAUCUUGGCGGCUUCGUUGAACCACGACCCCACGAGUGAUACCACUUGGAUUCCACCUUUGCAGACUGCACCCAUCCUUCAAAAAAAGGCAGAGGAACAUAUCAAGCAGUGCUCGAAGCAGUUACAACGCUUGUGGAUUUAUGGAGACGACAUGGAAGAGAGGACAAAUAUGGCGAUUGCAAAGCUGAACUUUUGGGGGUCGGAUGAUGAGGGAGUUAGUCGACCGUUGCCUGUCAAGUUCGACACGACGUGA